CGUCGCUGGCUUUUAUUGAAAAAUUAAUAAGAAGCGGUCGCGCCUGAGUCUCGGACUUUAUCACUGUUAACCUUAAAAAUACACUGUAUAUAUGUCAAUUGUUUUUAAACCACCAUAUUUGUGUUAAUUGUUUUUAAUCCAAGUUUACAUCCGCCGUACGUUUCCCCUCCUGUCAAUUUAUGUCUUUGUUUGUCAUUUGGUGUCUACUUUUUCCUGUAAAUUGACUGGUUGAUUUCCCCCUUAUUUUGGUCUUGUUAAGUUCAGUUCAUCGCACUUCAGCUGAGCUCGCACGCAGGUAGCUGGCGAUGGCGACCUGCGUUACUGGACGGCUCGUCGGCUCGGAGAUUCAUGGAUUCCACACUCUCCAAGGUACUGUACGGUCAAUGAAAUUCCUGUAAAAAUUGUAUCGGUGAAGUUAACAGGAAUCAAAUCCCUAAAGUUCGAUUGCAACGGUCAACACAUUUCAAAGCUUGAAGAAGGACAUCGAUCCGACAGCGUUUUAGGUGGCUGACAUUUUAAGCCAAACCGACGACGUUUACAUCUUCUUCUUUGCCUCUUUUUCUUUUCGUCCAAGCUUUCCUUUUGUUUCCUGUCCAAGCUUGAGGACAAACUGUACUUGAGAUUGUCAUCUUCUGUAAGCUCUUUGCCUAUAAAAGGCAGAUCAAGUGAAUGAGAACAACAAGUUUUUAGGGUUUCAACCCACAUUUCAGAUCUGUUUUCAUGGUAUCAGAGCCUUAGGGCGCCGCCAUGGCUACAUCCGAUCCAACAAACGAUGCUGCACCAUUAGGUGAUCUCUCUUCUACUCCCUAUCCUAUGGAAGACCCAUACUUCCUUCACAGCUCCGAGCAGCCCGGUUCCCUUCUUGUCAGCGAGAAACUCACAGCAACCAACUACAACGACUGGAGCCGCGCGAUGUUCAACACUCUUGCUGCCAAAAACAAGCUCGGAUUCCUCAAUGGUGUUAUUCCUGAACCUGCAGAAACAGAUCCAAAGAGAAAUGCUUGGGUCAGAAACAACAUUAUGAUCCUGAGUUGGAUUCAACAGGCCGUGGAAUCUGAAAUCAGGAAGACCAUCCUCUCAAGCAAAUCUGCAGCAGAGGCAUGGAAAAGUUUGCAAACAAGGUAUGGCUCUGGUGACAUAGUUCGAGUUGCUGAGAUAGAAGAAGAGCUCUGUAACUUAAAACAAGGUACACAGACCAUCACUGAAUAUUACAGCAAGGUUAUCACUCUUCGUGACGAACUUGACAACUACCAACCCUUGAUUCCUUGUGCUUGUUCACCCACAAGUCACAACACUUGUCCUGCUAUGAAAUUAGUCCAUGAAUAUCACGAGACUAGCUAUGUCAUUAAAUUCUUGCGUGGUUUAAACGAGAAUUUCUCUGCUGUUAGAUCCCAAUUUCUAUUUGGGGAUGCUUUACCAGACAUCAACAGGGUCUUCCAACGAAUGUUACAACAUGAGCGGCAGUUAUAUGGCACACAACGUGCUAAACUCAUUGCCUCAGUCACUACUGAUGGUUCUGCUCUGGCUAUUCAAGGGGUUAACAGACGCCCUAACUCAACUCAGAAAAGGCCCUAUUGUGUUUUUUGCAAAAGAGAUGGCCAUACUGAGGAUGUUUGCUUUGUCAAACAUGGCUAUCCACCAGGCAUGUCUGCCAGACCACCUCUCUCGAAUCAACAGGCCACCAUCAUUGAAUGCACUUUCUGUGGCAAGCAUGGCCAUUCUGAAGACAAAUGCUUUAAGAAACAUGGUUUUCCAGCCAACUAUGUUCCCAGAACCACCACUACAUCUUAUGGAAGAGGAAGGGGGUAUGCUAAUUCUGCUAUGACUACUCAUGAUGAUUCUGUCAAGCUUACAAAAGCUGAUUAUGAUAAGCUUAUGGCCCUGGUUGGCAACUCUAAACUGCAUCCCCCUCACACAGCUGCUGCUUUCACUACCAAUUCAGUCUCUUCAGGUACAUGUUUUUUAUCUGCUCCAUCCAACCAAAUUAAUCCCAACCACAGUUUCACCUGGAUACUUGACACAGGUGCUUCUGAUCAUAUAGUAUCAUGCCUUGACUACUUAGUUAAUCCUAUUUCUGUUUCUGGGAUCUUUAUUACCCUUCCUACUGGCCAACAAAUCCCAGCCACUUACAAAGGCACAGUUCCUUGCACUACUGAGCUAAUUCUACAGGAUGCACUCUUUGUACCUGGUUUCAGUUUUAAUUUAGUCUCAGUAAGCAAGCUCACUGCUCACAACUCUUUAAGCUUAACAUUUCACUCCAACCUUUGUGUCAUACAGGAUCUGGAGCAGAAGAGAGUGACUGGUUCUGCUAGAUUGACAAAUGGACUUUACUACCUAGAGGACACUAGUAACCCUAAGACCUUCACAGUUGCCAGCUCCAACACUUUUGAUUUAUGGCAUUUUAGAUUAGGACAUCUGUCCCAUUCCAAAAUCCCUUAUCUUCAUCAAUUUUGUACCUCCAUUGAGACUCAAAGGGGUUUGCCCUGUGAUGUUUGUCACUUUGCUAAGCAAAGGAGACUUCCUUUUCCAUUAAGUCAGUCUGUAACCACACAUGCUUUUGAACUACUUCAUGUUGAUAUAUGGGGUCCCAACCCUCUCCCUUCCUAUGAUUCAUUCAAAUACUUCCUAACCAUUGUUGAUGAUUUUUCAAGAAUGACUUGGGUCAUUCUUCUCCAACUCAAAUCUGAAGCUAGACCUAAGUUAAUAGCCUUUUGCAAUCAAAUGCAACGGCAGUUUCAAACUCAAAUUAAAAGAAUCCGCAGUGAUCAAGGAAAAGAAUUUGAAAUGAAUGAUUACUAUGAUUCUCAGGGCAUCAUUCAUGAAAUGUCCUGUGUUGAGACCCCUCAACAGAACAGCAAGGUGGAACGCAAACACCAGCAUAUCCUUGCUGUUGCUCGUGCCCUCAAAUUCCAGGCUGACCUGCCACCUGGUUUCUGGAGUGACUGCAUCAAACAUGCAGUUUACCUUAUCAAUCGUGUACCCUCUUCUGUCCUCAACAACCAAACACCUCAUGAAAAGCUUCAUAACUCUCCUCCUGACCUCACUGACUUAAGAGUCUUUGGUUGCUUAUGCUAUGCCUCCUCCCUAGCUAAUCACAGAACUAAAUUCCAGCCUAGAGCUAGAAAAGGAGUCUUCUUGGGUUACAAAGCUGGUAUUAAAGGUUAUAAAAUCUAUGAUCUGGACUCCCAUGAUGUUUUUGUAUCAAGGGAUGUAAUUUUUUAUGAAUCCCAUUUCCCAUUCAAAUCCACUACCUCUCAAUCACACUCACCUUCUGAUUCUGAUAUCCUUUUUCCCUUACCUGAUCCUGUUCUUUCCAUCAUUGAUGAACCUCCUAUCACUCACCAAACCAUUCCAUCACCCGUUUCAUCCCCAUCUACCAACUCUACUACUCCUGUAUCCCCUUCCACCUCUCACAGUCCCACACCUACCUCCACUUCUUCUUCUUCCUCUAGUCCUCCAUCCUCCCCAGAUUCCUCACCUUCUCCUAUACCUAUUCCCAACCCUGAUCCUCCACUUCCCAGACGUUCAGAUAGAUCCUCAAAACCACCAGCCCACUUAACCAGAGAUUACCACUGCUAUCUAGCUUGUCAAUCCACUGAUCCAGGUCACUCUCUUCAGCAAAAGAUCCCUGAUUCAAGGUAUGGCCUUUCCUCUAUGAUUUCCUAUGAUUCUCUCACCCCAUUCUACAAAAAUUUUGUCCUCAACAUCUCUUCCUUUGUUGAGCCUACCACAUACACAGAAGCAUCAAAGUCUGCCGAAUGGAAUGCAUCAAUGCAGCAUGAAAUAAAAGCCCUACUCCAAAAUCAAACAUGGGAUGUGGUGGAAUUGCCACCAGGCAAGAAACCCAUAGGAAACAAAUGGGUUUACAGAAUCAAGGUACACCAAGAUGGUACUAUUGAAAGAUUCAAAUCUAGGGUUGUGGCAAAGGGUUACACACAGCAAGAGGGAGUUGAUUAUCAGGACACUUUUGCUCCUGUGGUUAAAAUGACCACCAUCGGGACUUUUCUUGCUAUAGCAGCUUUAAGGAAUUGGCAUAUUCACCAAUUGGAUGUGAAUAAUGCCUUCCUUCAUGGAGACUUACAAGAGGAAGUGUAUAUGACCUUACCUAAGGGCUACAAACCACCUCCUGGUUUUACAAACCCAGUUUGUCGUCUCAAGAAAUCCCUAUAUGGUCUUAAACAAGCUUCAAGGCAAUGGUUUUCUAAGCUUACUGAUAAGCUUCAACAGGUUGGUUAUUCCCAGAGCAGAGCUGAUCACUCCUUAUUCUACAAAGUAACUGAUUCCAGCUACACUUGCAUUUUAAUCUAUGUUGAUGACCUACUAGUGGGUGGCAAUGAUCUUGCUGCCAUUCAAGAACUCAAGGGCUUCCUCCACUCUGAAUUCAGCAUAAAGGACUUGGGCGUACUAAGGUUUUUCCUUGGUAUGGAGGUGGCUAGAAACAACAAUGGAAUUCAUCUAUCACAACGCAAAUAUGCUCUUGAAAUCAUUGAGGAAGCUAAUCUGCUUGACUCCAGACCAGUUACAACCCCUAUGGACUACAAGACUCAUCUCACCAGCAUAUGUGAGGUUCCAUUUGAUGACCCUGAGCUAUAUCGCACCUUAGUGGGCAAACUGAUUUAUCUAACGACCACUCGCCCAGAUAUCAGUUUUGCAACUCAACAAGUGAGUCAAUUUAUGGGCAGCCCUAGUGUUCAGCAUUUUAAGGCAGUACAAAGAAUUCUACGCUACUUGAAAUGUGCCCCAGCCUCUGGUCUUUUCUUCCCUUCUAAGGGCCAAUUUCAACUCAAAGCCUUUUCAGACUCUGACUGGGCUGCUUGCAUCGAUACAAGAAGAUCAAUUACAGGGUAUUGUGUUUACCUGGGUGAUUCGCUAAUCUCAUGGAAAAGCAAAAAGCAGCAGACUGUUUCCCGAUCUUCUUGCGAGGCUGAAUACAGAGCUCUUGCCUUCUCUGCCUGUGAACUUCAAUGGAUCCUCUAUCUUCUUCACGAUUUCCAAGUUAUGCAUCCUCAGCCAGCUCAUCUUUACUGUGACAACCAAAGCGCGAUUUAUAUCGCCGACAACCCCACCUUCCACGAGCGCACCAAGCACAUCGAACUUGAUUGUCACUUGGUGCGCGAUAAGCUACAAGCCAAAAUCCUCAAGCUCUUCCAUGUCUCAUCCAAUCACCAACUUGCAGACCUCUUCACCAAACCCUUGUCUCCUGCUCCCUUCCUUCAAUUGCUUUCCAAGCUCGGUGUGCUCAACCUGUGCCCACCGGCUUGCGGGGGGGUAACAGGAAUCAAAUCCCUAAAGUUCGAUUGCAACGGUCAACACAUUUCAAAGCUUGAAGAAGGACAUCGAUCCGACAGCGUUUUAGGUGGCUGACAUUUUAAGCCAAACCGACGACGUUUACAUCUUCUUCUUUGCCUCUUUUUCUUUUCGUCCAAGCUUUCCUUUUGUUUCCUGUCCAAGCUUGAGGACAAACUGUACUUGAGAUUGUCAUCUUCUGUAAGCUCUUUGCCUAUAAAAGGCAGAUCAAGUGAAUGAGAACAACAAGUUUUUAGGGUUUCAACCCACAUUUCAUAUCUGUUUUCAGAAGUUAGUAGCCGCGUCGAUGGAGCUAGCUGGGACCACCGUCCUUAGUCGCUAGGUUAUCUUUUUUCGCCCGGAGCCGAAAUCUCGAGCUCUGUUUGGCUGUUCUGGCAUCGUUCGUCUGCUUAAUCUGAUGAUGUAAAGAGGAACUGAAAAUAACGAGGUAGAAAAUUGGCGUUUAAGCCAGUCAUUUCGAGGUCCAUUUGCUGUUUGGAGAGAGCUUGAAUCAAUGGUUAAUGUUUGGAGAGAAACUGAAUCAAGGCAUGGAAUGAAUUUGACUUGGUCUAUUUUUGGUUUUACUUUUAGUCUAUCACCAGUUCCACUUGUUUUGUUUUGAUGGCCUGUUGUUGUUCUGGCCGCAACAGAUUUGGAUGUAGUGAACAUGAUGGAGGAAGCGAAAUCGCGAUGGCUUCGUCCUAAUGAGAUUCAUGCCAUCUUGUGUAACCACAAGUACUUCACUAUUUAUGUCAAGCCUGUCAACUUGCCCAGGACGACUUCUUUCCUUUUCACAUUUCUUUCCUUACAAAUAGAGCUAGCUAUGUUUCCUUCCACCUUUUCGACAGUUCUAAAAAAUUCCAGUGACCGCGGUUGCAAAGAAGUGGAAUCUGGAAAGUGUGUAAUAGAAACUACGACAUUCAACUGUUUCUUCAGAAAAAGAAUCUACGUAAAGUUUAACUCGGACGAGAGGGUUCGAGCGAGCUAAAGACUAAUGCAGAGGGAGUUCCAUAUGUCAACUGCAUUCGUACAGUGUCGGCAUGGCAAAGGUAAUUAGUUGGUUGUGAACCAAGUGUGGACUGGAACAUGGAAAAGUGAGAAAGAGUUGCCUUUGAGUUUGAAGGGGAUUUGUUCCCCAAAUACAGGUCUUAUCAUCAAGUCAUACUAAAAUUUUUUUCCAAUAUACACAACUUACUCCAAAAGUAAUCUAGAUAUUGGUUCGCUGUGAAUUGAACCUGGGGAGUCACCCAAGAUCACGACCAAUCGAAACGAACGGGCCUCGAAUUAGUCAGAAUCGAGGGAAACAAGAGCGACCAACCUAGAUCGCUGAUAAAACCAAGGAUUUUCCCCCAAAAAAAUCGCUCGAGCGUUUAGCGAUAUGCAACUAACACACGUCAAAAUUUAAAACGACUGUAACUUUGCUAUCGGUUAUAUGAUUGUAGCAAAACAUUUUUUUUAUCCCGCCUAGCUUUUUUGAUUUAUUAAAAGCCUCCAAUGGUAGAGGUGAUUUGGUCCGCCUUCCUCGACAAAAGUUAUCAUUUUGCUUCCCCAAAUUGGUCAUUUUUUAUUUUCGUAACUUUGUACUUCGCAUCCUGAUUAUCCCAAAUUUCAAAAAGAUUAGAUAUUUUUAAUUUAAGGAAUUCCAAACUGAUUAUCACAAAUUAAAAAAAAAAAGAUAUUUUUAUUUAAGGAAUUUCAAACUGAUUAUCACAAAUUUCAAAAAGAAAAGACUAUAUAUUUUUAAUUUGAGGAAUUUAAAAAAUAAGUGUUUGUUUAAUUUUCACCUCUCCGCAUGAAAUUUGUUAUCACGACAUCUUUUGUUAAAUAUUGUAGCAUUCAUAGGCAGUUAUUGUAAAUUUAUAAUGCAUUGUAUUGGUACCAUUACUCUUCUCUAAUUUAUUUCUUUUUUCUCUUUUAGACAAAAUAAAAAGAACAGAGCUUAUUAGGGGACGUUUGCUUCAUGGAUUUGGACGAUGGAUUUGGGUACCAAAUCCAAUCCAUUAUGGAUUUAAAAAAAAAUCUAUUGUUUG